CAUUCACUCUCUCGCACUCCCACAGCUGGAGGAGUUUUCCCACUUCGACUUUGCCGUCUGGCGAAAGCGAUACCUGCAGUGGAUCAGCCAGAUGAAGUCUCGGGCCCUGGACGUGUUCCGGGGCAUCGACAGGGACCAGGAUGGGCGGGUCAGCCAGCAGGAGUUCAUUGAGGGCAUCCUCUCCUCCAGAUUUCCCACCAACGUGCUGGAGAUGAGUGCCGUGGCCAGCAUCUUUGACCUGAAUGGGGACGGCUACAUCGACUACUGCGAGUUUGCCAGCGCGCUGCACCCCAGCCGGGACCUUCUGCGGCGGAAGGCUGAUGCUGACCAGAUCCAGGAUGAGGUGAACAGACAGGUGUCCCAGUGCAGCUGUGCCAAGCAGUUCCAGGUGGAACAGAUCAGUGCCAACAGAUACCGAUUUGGGGAGUCCCAGCAGCUGCGCCUGGUCCGGAUCCUGCGCAGCACCCUGAUGGUGCGAGUUGGGGGAGGCUGGGUGGCUCUGGAUGAGUUCCUGGUCAAGAAUGACCCCUGCAGAGUGAAGGGCAGGACCAACAUGAAGAUCAACGAGAAGUACCUGGCCCCCGACUCCUCCUCCUCCUCCUUGGCGUGUCAAGGGCCCAGCAGCCCCUCCUCUGCCCCCAGCUCCAAG